GUUCUAAUUUUCAACGUUUUUGAUUUUUCGAUUGUAGAGCUCUUCUCCCGCCCACACCCCCUCCUCCUCUCUCUCUCUCUCUCUCUCUCUCUCUCUCUACAUUUUCCGAACCAGUGAAGCAUUCUCUCACUAGAAAACAAACAUCCAAAUCCGAAGCAGGCAAACGCAAAUCGAAUUCACAUUGCCUCCGAUCUGCCACUCUCUCACCUCCUUUAUCUCUCCUCUGGCCCCUCAGCCUCUGUUUCAGACUCCAAACCCUAAAAAUCCUCCACCGCCGAACCCAACCAUGAACCACUACCACAUCUACGAAGCCAUCGGCCACGGCAAAUACUCGACUGUAUAUAAGGGCAGGAAGAAGAAGACAAUAGAGUAUUUUGCGAUUAAAAGCGUCGAUAAAUCCCAGAAGAGCAAGGUCCUUCAAGAAGUUAGAAUUCUUCACUCUUUAGAUGACCCAAACGUACUGAAGUUUUACUCCUGGUAUGAAACUUCUGCUCACUUGUGGUUGGUUUUGGAAUAUUGCGUUGGAGGAGAUCUCUUGUCAUUGUUACAGCAGGAUAAGAAGCUUCCAGAAGAUUCAAUACAUGAUAUUGCUCAUGACCUUGUCAGAGCUUUGCAGUUUUUGCACUCCAAAGGAAUCAUUUAUUGUGACUUGAAACCCUCAAAUAUUUUGUUAGACGAAAACGGACAUACAAAGCUAUGUGAUUUUGGAUUGGCAAGAAAGUUGAAGGAUAUAACUAAGACUCCUUCGUCAUCGUUGCCACAAGCGAAACGAGGUACUCCCUUCUACAUGGCUCCUGAGUUGUUUCAGGAUGGAGGCGUCCAUUCUUAUGCUUCUGAUUUGUGGGCCCUUGGUUGUGUGCUUUAUGAGUGCUAUGCUGGGAACCCACCCUUUGUGGGAAAAGAGCUUACUCGACUAGUAAAGUCAAUUCUUUCAGACCCAACUCCAUCACUUCCAGGUACUCCCAGCCGCCCCUUUGUCAAUCUGAUAAAUUCUCUCCUUGUAAAAGAUCCAGCUGAAAGAAUACAGUGGACCGAGCUCUGUGGACAUGCGUUUUGGAGUUCAAAAUUUACUCCAUUGCCUUUACCUCCUCAGCCUGCUUACACCAAUAUGAUAGAGCUUUUGUCCAAACUGUGUCUCUCAGAACGUAAUAGUGACAACCCUCCCCAAAACAAAACUCCACCUAAAUAUCGUGAAAAAGAUCCAAAGGGAGCUCCCAAACAGGAUGAGAAUCGUAUUUUGGGAUCAAGAGGUUAUAACACGCCAAUUAAGGGUACACCUAGUGGCCACACCACUCGAACAAAGGCUUCAAGCAAAGUAGUUGAGGAGAAGAAGAAAGAUCCACUAAACAAUACUGGCGGUGUGAAUCUUUUAAGGCUCUCAAGAAUAGCAAAGUCGAACUUACAAAGAGAGAAUGAGAAGGAGAACUACAGGAGGCCAUUGCCAAAUGACUCUGAAAAUGAGGCCGAAGUGAAAAUUGAAAACACUGAUAUGGAACUCGAUUUUAAUGAGAACACAGAGGAUGAGUCACAUGAUGAUCCUGAUGGGUCUGAUAAUCCGGCUUGUCCUGAAGAAAAAAUGGCAACUCCAAAUCAGCAUCACAGAAUGUUAGACCAGACAGACAGUGACAUUAAUGAAGUUGAUACAUCACUUGUUAACACUCCUGCCUCAGAUGACACAAGAGCACCUGAUCUGGAACUAUCGUCAGAUCAAGAUAAAAUGGGUGCUACUCCACCCAGUGAUAGCCCUCAACUCAAAGUUCGGAGGGCUAAAGAAGGUUCAGGAUGUGCCGUUGACUGUGAUACUUUGAAAUCAUCUGACGAUCUCUCGCAAGUGCUUUGGCAUUCAUCUGAUAUCUCAGUAAAACCCGUCAUGCCCAGCAGAAAGGCUGAUAAAGCACCAAUUCCUUGCCUCCCCUUCGAUGCAGUACCGGUUUCAGAUUUCAUGAAGAUGCCUAAAGAUCAGUUGGAUGUAGUUUCUACCAAAAUUGUGUCAUUCUUAGAUGGGAAAGCUACUAUUGGUGAGAAGCAGAAUGUGCUCAGAUACCUCGAAAUGUUAAGUAGUAAUGCUGCUGCUGCCGAUCUGUUGACCAACGGGCCAAUAAUGAGGGUGCUUGUCAAAAUGUUCCGACAGUCCAAGGUUUCAGCUUUGCGUGUUCAGCUUGCUUCACUGAUUGGAUUAUUGAUUCGUCAUUCUCCUAAAAUUGAAGACGAUGUGGAAAAUUCUGGAAUUUUAGGUUCACUAACUGAUGGUCUUAGAGACAAACAAGAAAAAGUGAGGAGGUUCUCUAUGGCUGCUUUGGGUGAGUUACUGUUUUACAUAUCCACUCUAAAUGAGCACAACAAGGACAGCAAUCCUCCUGAAUCUCCGUCCAAGGACAUCAAGUUUUCAUCCGGGUGGCAGGUUUCCAGUGCGCUGAUUUCAUUGGUUUCGUCACUUUUACGGAAAGGAGAGGAUGAUGCCACUCAACUCUAUGCUUUGAAGACAAUUGAAAACAUCUGCAGUCAAGGAUCAAAUUGGGCAUCUCGUUUUGCCAGCCAGGAUGUUAUCAGUAACCUUCGCAAUAUAUUUACCAUUAGGUCUGCAGGGAAACAGGAGAGCAUGAGGCUCACAGCUGGGUCUUGUUUGGUACGUCUUGUUCGUUUUAACCCUCCUAGCAUUCAGCAUGUCAUGGAAAGACUUCCAUUGAGGGACACUGCAUCAGCCCUUGGCAAGGGCAGUCCGCGUGAGCAACAAAUUUGGUUAAACCUUCUUAAUAUGGCCAUGCUUGGGAACCAUAUUACUACAAACAUUGGACGGCUUCUUCUUUCCCUGGUGGAAGUUCUUGUUCCAUGCCUCUUGUCUCUUAUUGAGCAGGGAAGUGAAGUGUUGAGGGGAAAGGCACUUGUUUUUGUGGCUCUACUUUGUAAGAAUAGCAAGAGAUGGCUGCAACAUUUCUUUUGCAAUGCACGGUUACUCUCAGCAGUGGACAGAUUGGUGAAGGAGAAGGACCCAUAUGUGCAAAAAUGUUUAUCUGGAUUUGUUCAUGCUGUGGCAUCCAUCAUCCCGGGUUUGCUUGAAGUUAUAACUGGAGAAAUUCAGCAGAUUAUGGGCGGGCGACGGCAGGGACAGAUUGGUGCUCUAACUAGUCGUUCCAGUUUGAAGACCAACUUUCAUUUGUUUCCUGUUAUAUACAACAUUCUUGGAAGCUUGGUUUUUAAGCGCAGGGUGGUGACUAAUCAGGUCCUGCAGCAGUUGGCAAAUCUAAUCAAACUCGCAGAGUCACCUUUCCAGGGCAGGGAUGACUUCCAAAUAACCCUUUUACGAGUCCUCGAGUCCAUAACAGAGGAGCCUUCGGUUAUUCUUGAGAGCCCCGAAACUUUUAUCCGUGAAAUUCUUCCCAGUCUGGCUGUUGUUUACAAGGGAAACAAAGAUGGAGAUGCCAGAUUCUUGUGCUUGAAAAAUAUGUUUGACGUGAUGGUUAUUUUUCUAAAUGAACCGUCAGAAAAUAGGGAAAGAUCAGAAGCUUUGAAGUCCAUAUCCAAUACUCAUUUCCUCCCUCUGUACCCCACCUUGAUUGAGGACGAAGAUCCCAUUCCCAUGUAUGCUCAGAAGCUUCUUGUGAUGCUUAUUGAGUUUGAUUACAUCCAAAUUCCGGACAUUCUACAUUUGAAGAUAGUUUCACAGUGCUUCGAAUUUCUGGAUCUCUCCACUGCAAAUGUGAACAACGUCAUGCUUUGUUUGGCGUUGGCAUGUGCUCCAGAGUUGGAAAACAAAAUACUCUCUCAAUUAAAAGGAGUAGUCAAGAGGAUUGGAAACCUUUUGGAAUUUGUUUAUGCCAAGGAAAUGGAAGAUUUUAUCGAACCAACACUUGGUUUGUGUAGGGCUUUCCUUCUACGUUCAGCAGGAAAUAGGAAAGGUUUUGUCUAUUCAAAAGAACCAGCUCUAUUAACUGAUGGUUUCUCUGAAGGAUUUGGUGUAGUUGAUAUGCAGCAGUGUAUAACACAUAUAAUGGAUUUUGGUAGCAAUGUUGGUGUCUUUUUAGAGAUGAGUAAGUCCCGAGAGGCAAAUAUCGCAGAUAUAGCGUCCGAAUGUAUAAUUCUGUUACUCAGGGAGGCUCCAAGGGAAGCUACCACGGGUUUCUUAACUAAUCUUCCCAAGGUUACUGUGAUUCUUGAAUCAUGGCGUCAAGAUGUCACUCAUAUAGUGGUACAGCGGAUGCUGCAUGCUCUUGGCUAUUCCUGCCGACAAUAUCUGUCGCAGGCAAUGAUACUAUCGAUAUCCAUUCCAGAGAUUUCUAGAAUUGAAGUGGUUGUUUCUCAGCUCAAAAGCUCAGCCAUACCUUGUGUAGCUGAUGCUGCUUUUAGAGCGGCAAUGGAGUUGCAGAGGCUGCCUCGUUGCAUUUGAUGCUUGACGGGGUCAAGGAUGUACAUUGGCCUUUUCUAUUGGUUAUUUGCCUUUUCUCGAAUAUGAGGUGAGCCUGCCAGCCUUAUCUUGAGGUGAGUUACUUUUUCGCUCUCCUCUUGAAUGCUACCAGGACCAGGUUACCAACUUUAUUUGGACAAUAUUUGUAUAAUCUGAGCAUACUUGAACCAUCAUUAAUUUGUUCAAUCGAAUAAUAUUGGUUCUCUGAUAUUUGCUUAUCAGAUUUUAUUCCCCUUAA